CAGAGAACACUGCAAUGAAAAUGUUCAACCAUCUGUUGUCAAUUGUAGUGUGGUCGUCCAUAUUAUAAAGGUCGUUGUAAAGAAUGUGGGAUGGAGAUAGGAGGGGAAGGUCACAAACUUUUAGCCACCAAUAAGUUACAUGAUGGGUUAGAUCAGACAGCCACAGGUCACAUUCUGGGUCGAGCAGAAGGGAGACAACCUGUAGCCAGCCCUGAGAGAAGUCUGUCUCCUGUUGAGUGUGCCAUAGUCAGGCUCUUCACCCACAUGGCCAUGUACCUAGGAGCCAGCAUCAACUUACAAGCUAUACACACCAUAAUAAAGCCAGACCUAGAUCCUGCUACAGUCCUGCCAUUCUUGUGGGCUCACAUAGAGAAAGAUCUUCUGACCAUCCAGAGGGCCAUAGGGAAAAGUGUGGACGAUGUCUAUAUCCUGAUACAUAGAAUCUGUAAUGACAUCAUGGAGAAACACAGAAACAAUCCAUUAAACCAAGAAAUAUGCAUCCUGGCAAAUAAAAACAGCAGGAAAAAAUGGGAAGAGGAUUUCACCAAGACAUACCUGUCUCCAGUUCUUCAGGAAAUGGAUGGCUAUCUGAAAUCUGUGAAUAAACAGCUUGCUAAUGACCAGAGACUUGGUUCUGACCCUUUGUUGUGCCUGCUGUUUGAGAUAGACAUUCCCUCUGAGCAUUCCUCACCAAGCACUCUACACAACGUUCCAGCCGUGUGGCGCUACCGAUCUCAGAUAACCAUGGACCAUCUAUUGCAUACCUUACAAGUACAGAGUAGGGCUCAUCAAGUACUCGCCAUGUUCUUACAAGAGGAGCACCAUCUGAGAGCUAUCCGCCUGGUACCAAACAUCCUAAAGCUUCAGAGGAUGUUGAUACAGCGAUACCAGAGAAAGCUGGACAGAGCAGAGGCCACAACCAUAACAAUAGAGGACAUGAUACAGUCUUAUGACAAUGAGGGCAGAGCAGAAGAGAUUAAGAAUUUAGUCAGGGACUUCAUUGAGGCUUGGCAGUGUGUACGUGAACAACUUCUUACAUUCACUUUCCCCACACUGGAAGGAUUAGGUAAGGUCCCAAAGGAGUACUGUCAGAAGGCGAUUACUGAGGGCCACCCUGUAUCUGUAUUGUUACCCACCUUCAGGGACGCUGGACUCUGCUCCUAUGGCCUCCUCUACUUCCUACUUAAAAAACAAAAUAACUUCCUCCAGGAGUACUGCAAGAAGAAAAAAAUGCAGUACACACAACUGCCCAAGGUCCCUGUGAAUGACGUGACGUCCCCCCACCUGAUCAGCUACCACCCUGACCGGGACAUCCUCCCCAUGGUUCUGGCCAACUGUCACUACACCUUCCAGGUGGGCAAGGGAACCAAGAUAGAUUACAACUUUGGGGACCUGGAGCGCCAGCUGAUGGACCGAUUCCUGUUCUCCAAGUCGGUCAUAGACAUGCCUGUUUAUGAGUUUGAGAUGAUGACAUACAGAUCAGAGACAACUAAUGCAGUGGUGUUUAGACACCUCAGGCAGAAAAUCAAACAGGAACCUUUGACCCCAGCAGUAGCCAAUCAGAUCAGUGAAGAGAUCAGAGCUUACCCUGAUCUCUGUCAGACACUUGAUAAACUUGACAUUACCAUCAGCUUCCUGAAAUCUGUAGGGGGUGAUGCAAACAUGUCCUUGGAGAAGUUCAUGACCCAGACUCUUAAAAUGGAAAAUCCAUUCCCCAGUCAAAAGGCAAGAUCUUCCUGUGUAUGUAAGCAUGCUCAAUCACUCUGGAUCACUUUAGCAAUGGAGAAAACCAAAAGACAAGCUUCACACAAGGAGGAUGCCUUUGAGGGCGUGUCGGGUGAGUUGAGGGUGGACCUCCACCCUGACCAGCGUGACAUCAUCACCUCGUUCUGUGAGGAACUCUCCGUAGAGAGACUAGAACUCCUGCUGGACACCCUGUUUGAGUGUAUCAUGUUGACCAUUACAGUCCCCAAAGGAACCGAUGAUGACGAUUUAGACAUGACCAAGCUCAGCCUAAGAGACACAAUGAUUGGAUAUUUAUCAGCUCCUCAAUAUGACCUUGACCUGACCUACCCAGGCUGGAUGACUGACCUAGUGGGGAGAAUCCCCAAUGAAGGAGAAAACUUCACCAAGAUCAUGAACAAUCAGGCGGUGGAUGUAUGGUUGUUUUUAUAUGCCAUCUACUCCCAGAAACGAAUUGAAAGGAGAUAGAGUUUUGUGUUGAAUGACAAAGUGAAAGUGGGAGAUUCUCAUAAAAACAAAAUGAAAGAAGAUUAAAAUGCUAUAGACAUAUUGCUCAAGAUAGAGUAAAAAUAGAGUAAAAUAAAUUUUUGUUUUGGUUGUACCUUGUGUUUUAGAUAAUGGCAAUGUAUUCAUGCAGAAAGGAAGAUUAGUUCAUGUUUUCUUGAGUUUAAGACAUUAUUUUUAAGAUACCAUGCAUGUACAAUUAGAGAACUGCUUAAUGCAUAUAUUGAUUCAUUUCAUGAACAACCAUAUUAAAGAAAAGCAUUAUGGUGAUGUCAGUGCUUGAGGUUCUUUGUGAUAAAAAUACAUAUGUGCCAAUGAAUAUUUGUACAUAUAGCUGCAUUAGAAUCAUUUAUAUGCUUUGACAAGUUUUCCAUGACAAUAUUUUGACAUUUUUUGGUUGUAUGUAAGUAUGGUACAAUUGCAAACAUUUUGAACACAAUUAAGUUCUAUAAUGUCUAUAGAAAAACUUUGAUAUAAUAACUGGUUUCACUGUUUGUUUUAUACAUACAUAGUGUUACAUAACAUUAAUGCAUAUUAAACUUUAGGCAUAUGUACUUUCAAUGAACUGUCGAGUCUGACUUUCAGAUUCCUUGAUGUUAUAAUGUAAAUUUUUUUUAAUGUAUUUUGAUUAAUUUGUGUUCUAGACAUCAAAUUUUUCUUGUGACCAACAUAACUUACCAAAAUGCAACACAAGAUUUGGGGUCCAUGCAUCCUCUACCCGGUAAUUUGUAGAGUGCAAUUAUUUUUUUUUUCUACACAAUUUUAGAAUAUACAUACACGAACAGUUAUUCAAAACAGGUUUAAUCAAUUGUAUUUUUUCAAAGAUUUUUUUCUCUUUGAAAAAUUAUAACCAAGCACUAUUGAUGUUAUUUGUUUGGAAGACUGAAGUUGUUGAUUGAUGUGAAUGCAUAUUAAUUUGUUAUAAAUGUUAAUCUUUGUGCCAAUGUUAAAUUGGAAAGAAGAGAUUUAAUUCUGA